GCCCUUUUUAUUUCCAUCCUAAUUAUACUCUAUCUGCUCCUACCAAUUUCAUCUCAAGCAUAUUCCGGCAACCAAGGCCAAUGGCAACUCCUACAGUCCUCAAUCGGCAUCUCUGCCAUGCACAUGCAGCUCCUCCACAGCAACAAGGUCAUCAUGUUCGACCGCACCGACUUCGGCGCCUCCAACAUCUCCCUCCCCGGCGGUCAGUGCCGCGAGGAACCCAAGGGCGCUGUCUUGCAACAAGACUGUACUGCCCACUCCGUCCUCUACGACAUAGGCGAAAACACCUUCCGACCACUCACCAUCCAAACCGACCCGUUUUGCUCCUCCGGUGCUGUCCUUCCUGACGGAACCUUAGUCCAAACAGGCGGAUUCAACGACGGCGAGCGCUCCUUGAGAACAUUCUCUCCAUGCAAUGACGAGAGCUGUGAUUGGAACGAAGAACCAAACUACUUACUAACACGCAGAUGGUACGCCACUAAUCAAAUAUUACCGGACGGAAGAGUAAUAAUAGUCGGAGGUAGAAGACAGUUUAACUACGAGUUCUACCCUCGCGGCAGUUCUUCCUCUACUAUCUGGCUUGAGCUUAUGAGACAAACCCAGGACCACGGAGAUGAAAACAACUUGUAUCCCUUUGUACAUCUCUUGCCCGAUGGAAACUUGUUUAUCUUCGCUAACACAAAGUCUAUACUCCUUGACUACAAGCAAAACACCGUCGUUAAGGAGCUCCCGGAAAUCCCAGGCAAAGAGCCACGUAACUAUCCGAGCAGUGGUUCUUCGGUCUUGCUUCCUUUGGAUGAGAACCAGCCCUUCCUCCGAGCUGAGAUAGUCGUCUGCGGCGGAGCGCCACGCGGUUCAUUUGGGCUUGCGGAGAAUGGGAGCUUUCAGAAGACGCUCGGCACUUGUGGGAGGAUCAACGUGAACGACGGAAACCCUAAUUGGGUCAUGGAGGACAUGCCUGUACCUAGAGCUAUGGGUGACAUGAUUCUCUUGCCAAACGGAGACGUACUUAUCUUAAACGGCGCUGGACUUGGGACCGCCGGUUGGGAGUUGGGACGGAACCCCGUGAUAACACCAGUCCUUUAUCGCCCGUCCGAGUUUCCGGGCCGACGGUUUAGGGUUAUGACGGAGUCAAAAAGGCCGAGGCUGUACCAUUCCUCUGCUGUUUUGAUCACCGAUGGCCGGGUUUUAGUUGGAGGAAGCAACCCUCAUGUGGGCUACAACUUCACCGGCGUGGACUACCCAACCGACUUGAGCUUGGAAGCAUUUUCUCCGCCGUAUUUGGCGAGGGAAUACGAAACUUUGCGUCCCAGAAUCGUUUCGGUGGAAGAGAUUAUCAGUUACUCGGAGCCAUUUUCGGUUGCGUUCGCUGUGCCCGAGUACUUGGACGUAAGUGUGUUAUCGGUUACCAUGGUUGCGCCGUCGUUUACCACGCACUCUUUUGCUAUGAACCAGAGAAUUGUGGUGAUGAAGUUGGGCCAAGUUAGACACUUGACGUUGGAUACGUAUGAGGUAGCGGUGAUGGGGCCGUCGGCGGCAGAGAUUGCACCGCCGGGUUAUUAUUUGUUGUUUGUGGUACAUGCCAAUAUACCUAGUUCUGCUAUGUGGGUGAAGUUGCAGUGA